AAAAUAAUAGAAGAAUUUCUUAUCAUAAAAAAGAAGGGUAGAUGAAAAAGACAACAGCCUUGACAUAUUUUUCUAUAAUAGCAUUUUCACUCACAGCUUUUGUUUUCCUAAUAAAGGGCAGCAUUGAUAGUUACGAUUAAUCCAAUCUUUCAAAGAGUGAAUGUCCUCAAAAUUAUACUGAUCUUAAAGGAACUCACAAACUCUUAGCGAGAAUAAAUAGAGACAACACAAAGAAUCCCCAAUAUACAUAGGUAAUUUAAAUUUAGAUAUUAAGGGAUUAUUGUUUGUAAAUUAGACAACUCUUCUUGAAUCCUCAGGAUAAUAUGGAAAAAGUUCAAUUCAUUAUUUGAAUUUGGAUGAUAUCAAUAACUUAAUCUUUAAUUAUGAAUUGCCAUCUAAUUAAUUUGGAGAAGGAUGCGAUAUAAUAAAUAACAAAGUUUAUCAAUUAACUUGGUUAGAAAGAAAAAUGUAAUAAUAAUUAAAUAAUUUCAAGAAAUGUAUUCAAUGCAGAUGAUUUAAGUUUUAUAAAUGAGAUGAAAUUAGAUGAUAAAGUGGAGGCAGGAUGGGGAUUAACUCAUAGAGUAUUUAACGGAGAAAUUUAAGUCUUGAUAACAGAUGGUUCUAAUAAAGUGCAUAUUGCAGAUGAAAAUUUUAAUGUUAAACAAUCUAUUUCUAUUUUUGAUGAUAAAAAGAAGCCAGUCACUAACUUAAAUGAACUGGAAUAUGUUAAUGGAACCUUAUUUGCCAAUAUCUAUUUAACAUCGAAAAUUGUUGCCAUAGAUUUAGAAAAUAAGAAAGUCAUUGCAACAUAUGAUUUCCAAGGAUUGGUUAAAGAUGCUAAUAGGAAAAAAAGAGAUGAAUGUUUGAAUGGCAUAGCAUACAAUGAAUAUACUGAUUCAUUUUGGAUAACUGGAAAAAAUUGGGGAUUUAUUUAAGAGGUUAAAUUACAAUGAACUUUAUAUUUUACAUAUGUAGAUUUAAAUAUGCAC